UCCAGCUUCCAAAAGCCAUAACUCAGCUGCUAUUCAUCUGUCUACUAUUAGUCUAUCCAACUCAAUCUUACUAUUACAAUAACAAGCAAAAUGACACUCACCGCCACAACCAUUCUAAGUAGACCGUUCCUCACCAGGAUACUUCGACCAGUGGCUCAGAGGAGAACGCAACGUCCACUAUUAUAUGCGAGCCAGCGCCAGUUUUCUUCCUUGGCCUCCGAUGACUCGUCGUCGGCGGAAGAGGAAGUGGAUGCCGUUUGGUCAAAAAUGGAUGCGAAAAGUCGCCGUCUGGCCAAACUGUUGCUGGACUCGGAUGAUCCGCACGAUAUGGCUUCUGAAGAUGCACCAGAUGAAGCAACAAGACGACUACGAGAAAACCAUAUUUUCAAUCGACGUCGGGGGCUUUCUCAGGCCAUUACCCUGAUCGAGAGUUCUCAUGCCGACCACCAAAAGCAAUCCAAUCUUCUCUUGACUUAUUUACUCGGACACGAGAAUAAUCACAACAGAAAAGAUCGAUCUUUCCGUCUUGGUAUCGCCGGGAGUCCUGGUGCUGGGAAAUCUACAUUUGUGGAAGCGUUUGGAAAACACCUUUUGAAUUUGCCCAAAGACGACAACCCAGAUGCCGACAGCCAUGAGCAGUGCAAUAAGGUAGCCGUGGUUUGCGUAGAUCCUUCUUCAGCAGUUACCGGUGGAUCCAUAUUGGGUGACAAGACUCGCAUGAUGGAGCUUUCUCGGCACGAAAGGGCUUAUGUCAGGCCAUCACCCACCAGGAACGUCCUUGGUGGGCUUUCAGCCUAUACAGAAGAUGUGGUAUCUCUUUGCCAGGUGGCUGGUUAUGAUUUUGUCAUGUUGGAAACGGUAGGACUAGGUCAAUCCGAAAUUGAAGUCAAAGAGAGCGUCGAUAUGCUGAUUCUGAUGGUGCCACCAGGAGGCGGAGACGAUCUGCAAGGCAUCAAGAAAGGAAUUGUCGAGGUGUGCGAUAUGAUUGUUGUGACCAAGGCUGACGGAAAUUUUCUCGUGGCAGCAAAGCAUACUGCCGCCGACUACCGAGGAGCCCUGCGCAUGAUGGGGCCCAGGCGCGCUGGUCUGGGCAGUACUUUGGAGGGGUGGGAAACCCCACCCGUUCUGUUGGCCAGUUCCUACGAUAAUACUGGCAUGGAUGACGUGUGGGGUGAGAUCUGCCGUUUCCGAAACUUGAUGAUGGAGUCUGGCAAACUUCAAGAAAAGAGGCAGAAGCAAACCAAGUAUUGGAUGUGGAAGAAUCUGCAGAAUCUCAUCCUGGAGCAAACCAGGACGGAUCAUGUGCUGAGACAAAAGGCCGAAACACUGGAGCGCGAUCUCCGAGAGGGCAAGACAACACCUCGUGUUGCUGCCACAGAGCUGUUGGAUAGCCUAGUUCGGACCUAACAAUUGACAAGCAAUUCCAAAUAGACUACAGAUAUAAGUUCGUUUUAUUCAGUGUUUCUCCUC